CUUAGAGAGGGCUAUAAAGCACUGUUAAGCUGGUAUAUAAGUCUAAGUGCUACUGCUAUUACUACAAUUCCAGGGGAAUUUCCUGUUAAAAUGGUAUGAAGUCAGUAUGUUCCUCCUUGAUCUUUGAUGCCCCAACCUUACUCCCUUUAGGCAUGUAUGCAUCUUGGCCAGGGAAGGGGAACCCAGAUGCCAUUUCUGGACAAGAUAUUUGCCAAGGGCCAAGAGAAAUGACAGCAGGCUGCCUCAAAUACAGCAGACAGAUACACACAAAUCCAAAUGGGGCUUCCAGACACUUUAAACUACGGUACAACUUCCAGUAUCUCGCCUUGUCUGGAACUGUGCUAGGUGUUGACUUGCAAACCAUCUGGAAGGCACCAGGUGGCCUCGGGGUAUCUCCCAAAACCAAAUGAUGCACAGGUGUGAGGGUCGAUAAACAAGACCUGGGGGGAGGGAAAUCGCCUUCCCUCUGCCGCCUCCAUCUCUGUCACGUGGUUGUGAGGAGAGCCGCCUCCUGCCCCCUGCGCGGAGGCGCGUGCGGGGAGUCGGGAGCUGCUCCUUCGCGUCGCAGCCGCUCAGCUGCGGCCGGGGAGCUGAGCUCCCGCGUUUGGCCGCUCUUCCUCGCCCGCAAUAUGCCUCCGCUGCCUUCCGGCUGGUCGCCAUGCCUGGGAUUCGCGGGCGUCCGCCGGCCUCCUCGCUGCUGGGAUUGGCCGCCGUGUCGCUUUUCCUCCUCUUUUUGCUGAAGAGCCGCCCGGGCUCCGCAGCCGCCACCGGCGCCUUCACCAGACGGCCUCAGCAGCGGCAGCAGCAGCGAGCCGGGUUGUCGACACCCUCUUCCUCCAUGGCUGCUCCAGGACCUAUGUUUACCCUGAAAGUGCAAGUUAAUGAUAUAAUCAGUCAUCAAUAUCUACACCAAGCUGUUGUAGACGUCUUUGUCAACUAUACUAAAACAAAUUCUACUCUAACUGGAAAAAAUGGAGCAGUAUUGAUACAGGUUCCCUAUCAGCUAGGUCUGAGCUUAACCAUUGUUUCUUAUAAAGAUGGUUAUAUGUUAACAUCUUUACCUUGGAAAACUGGGAGAAUGCCAAUAUAUUCUUCUGUUACACUUUCAUUGUUCCCCCAAAGCCAGGCAAAUAUAUGGCUAUUUGAUGAUACAGUUUUAAUUACUGGGAAAUUAUCUGAUGCGAAAUCUCAGCCAAGUGUUCAGUUUCCAAAAUACCUAAUUAAACUUCCUGUGAACCACCAUAUCACUAAUGUAACAGCGUAUCUUACAGUGCCGCAACAGUUUUUAAAAGUGGAACAUUUUUUCUAUACAACAGGAAUUCUUUUAAAUAAAUCAGGUGUCAAAAGUAUUGAAUUGACUCCCCUUGCUGCAAUAUGCGUAAAGGUAUUUUCAGGUGGGAAAGAACUACAGGUGGAUGGCUCCAUUCAGCUCACCUUACCUCUUCUGCCUACAAGUGAGGUAAAAGCAGGGGAACCUAUCUCAGCCUGGACUUUUGAUAUGAAAACUGGUGCUUGGAUUAACCGUGGCUUGGGAAUGGUAAAGAACAUGGAUGAUCACUUAGUAUGGACAUAUACUGCUGCAAGUCUGGGAUAUUGGAUAGCAGCCCCAUUGCCCGGAACUAGAGAUUCCAUUAUUACAACGGUUACUAAAGAUAUCUCUGCCUACCACACAGUAUUCCUCACAGCGAUAUUAGGAGGCACCGUCACCAUCAUUGCUGGGUUCUUUGCACUUCUGCUUUGCUAUUGUGGGGAUAAAUGUGGUCGUCCAAAAAAGAGAAAGAAAAGUCCAACUAAACUAGACAUUUUAAAAAAAGACCAAACAACUUCAACAACUCACAUGAAUCAUAUCAGUGUAGCCAAAGGAUCUUUGAAGCCAGAGGACAAAUCUAGAUUAUAUUCACCCAAAGUAACAUCUUACAGCCCCCAGAGACAGGUUUCAGCUGAAGGUGAGGAGAGGAAAGCUCAAGACAAUUUUAAAGUUUACACAGAAGGUACUCCGUACCAAUUCUCUGGUAAAAAUCUCCAACAUAGGAGCUCACCUCAGCCCUUGGAAGUUAAAACAGAUUUGAGACACCUUCCGCCAGUGAAACACCUCAAGGGAAGUCUUCCCCCUUCCCAAAAUGCACAAGAGGAGAAUCAGUAUCUCCCAAUGACCGAGGAGAUUUAUGGGCUCUCUUCCCUCCCAGAACAACUUAUGCAUCUUUAUAGCCAGCCUGGUGCUAUGCUUCAAACAUCUGAGCUAUUUCACUCCCAAGAGCAAUUGCAUGCUGCAAAGUCAGCUACUUUACCAAGAAAAGGACAGUUAGUCUACACCCCUGUGAUGGAGAGUAUGAGUCAUGAAAAUUAUACCCAGACAUUGCCCAAAAUGCCAAUGCACGUUCUCUUGCAGGAACCAACUUCCAGAGAUGAAACAGUUGCUGUAGAUAGGCAACAAGGCUUGUCCCCUCAGACUGCCAACUGGGGCCGCUACACUAGUAGCUUGCUGGAGUCGGUUUCUGUCCCAGGAACGUUAAAUGAAGCUGUGGUGAUGACACCAUUUUCAUCAGAACUUCAGGGCAUUUCAGAGCAAACCUUAUUGGAGCUUUCCAAAGGAAAACAGUGUCCACAUCCAAGAGCAUGGUUUGUGUCGCUAGAUGGCAAACCAAUAGCUCAAGUGAGGCAUUCAUUCAUUGAUCUCAAGAAGGGCAGGAAGACUGAGAGCAAUGAUACUAGCUUAGACUCAGGUGUGGACAUGAAUGAGCAUAACCCAAGUCGAAAAUUGGAGAGGGAGAAAACCUUUAUUAAAAGCACGCAGCAAUCUAAGAUACUUUACCCAGAAGACUUGGAUCUGAGUACCAGUGAAUGUGGGACCAGGGUUUCAACCCCUGAGGAUCAAGCUGUGAAGCAUAUGCCAGAAGGAGGUAAUGACCCCAUCAUAAAGCAAGAGCUCCUGGAAGAGAUGCCGAGAAGAAAAAACAAGGCAAAAAAGCAUGAGGCCAGCCCUCCCCCUGGGAAGAAACAGGGAAGACCACGUCUAACUAAGACAGAAAGCAAAACAAAUAUCUGGAAAAAGAGAGAGGAGAGACCACUCAUUCCAAUAAAUUAACAUUACAGUGAUGUCUAUCUUCUGAUUGUUUCAUGUCCUGUAGACUGUACCUCCUCUGUCGUUUUAUUUGUAAAUUUGCACUGGUCAUUUUCAGUGGGGCAGUCAGAUUUAGGUGACAUUGCUUUUUUAAGACACAGAGCAGAUUACACCUUCAUAAGGAGUAUUGUUUUCUGAAAACCAGCUCAUCUUGCUUUCAACAGUUGUUAUAAUUUCAGGACUUUAGUAAAACUAUACCUGAAAAAUUAUUCUGUGGUGUAUCUGCAAGGACAUAUAUGCUUUCUCUAAAAGACACCAGUAUGGUAUCUCAUUUAGCUGCUUUGAAAUUAGACAACUGGCAAGGAAUAGGAUUUGUUGAUACCAAAUUGUGUUGGUUUAGGAAAAAAAGCAUACAUAGAUAGCAAGUGUGUGUUAUUUUUGCAACUAUAGUAUCUGAUAAUGGACAUCGUCAUAAUAUGGUUUGAUAUUGGGUAGUAUAGUAUUUUUCAUCUAAAUGCUGAUAGGAGAUCUUUUUAUUUCGUAUCUAACAUAACAUCCUGCCUCACCGUAAUUCCUAUGUAGCUCUUUCUGGUGGGGGAGGGAAAAUUAAGGACUUGUUAUCCAGAAGGUAUUUCCAGUGUGAAGACUUCUGCCAUUCCAAUUUGUAUUGAGCCAAAUUGUGCUCCAUUUUUAGGAUAGCUGGAUUUAUAUUAUUGUAACAAAGGCAAAGUUUGGCCCUUUAUGCUCACAAUGUGUGCCAUUGUAAACAUGGCCAAAAAGAUGCCUUUUUAGAUAUUUCCACCAGAAACAGCAUUCUGUACUAGCCUUAAAAAGACAAAAGAAAUGCGGUAUUAACUUGAUAAUGUGCCUCCCUUUUCAGCUAGCUUUCUCAUAAGUCAUAAAAGUCAAUUGUUGCUUAUGAACUGUUGAAAUCUGUUGGAAUUAAAUUUAGCCAUAUCUGUAAUUUGUUAAUGAAAAAAUGGGGAUGGUGGGACCUCUUCGUUAUACCCAAAUUUUCUAAUCUGAGAGUAAAUCUCUGAGGCAGACAAAAUAAAGGGGAACACCAUAGUUUCAUAGUAUGCAAAAUGGAAAAUUUUGGAAAGUUCCCUGGAGAAGGAUUCCAACAUGUAUAGAUAAGCCUUUCUUAAUGAAAGUUAUAUGGAUUUUGGAAUCUACAUGGAGACCUCUGAAAUAAACAUAUUAUAGCCCUAAAUAUAGUUACUUGGAAAUAGGUUCUGUUGAUUUCAGUGGAACUUGUUUCACAUAAAAGCAUCCACAAUUAAAAGCUAAAAAUGCAUACAUCUCUACCUGAAAUUACAAGACAUUUACAUUUGAUGAGUUAGGAGAUACUUUUAAGUAGAAGAAUUGGUGUAAAAAUGGGAGGUGAACAUAUUUGGGGAUGGAAGAAGGACUUAACAAAUAGGCAUUAGAAUGGCCAAAUGUUAAAUGGCACUAGCCAUUUCUGCAAAUAGGGCAAAAGUAAAAUUUCAUGCCUGACAAUUGUACAUUAUAUCUUUGUAAUAAACAUAACAAGUGUACUUUAUCAACUGACUUACCAUUCACUAGAAGUAUCUAACGUGUCCUAACUAGGUUGUGCACUAUAAACAUGUUCAGGGACUAUCAAUUGGGGCUUCUGUAUAUAUAUUGAACGGAAACUGGGAUUUGGCCUGUAGGGUAACAGCCAUCCUUAGGCAUAGAAUUCAUUGUAAGAGUUAAAACACUGAUUAUAUGAAGGAUUGUAUGAAAUAUAAAAGAAAGCACUCUAGAAGAAAGAAAUGUACACAAACACACAAAUGUUCAUUUGUUUUUUGAAUAAUAAACGUGUUGCUGAUAAUUCAUUUUUGGCUAAGAGAAAAAUAGAUAUCCCUAAGUGAAUUAUCUUGCUAGAGAAUCCUGUUAACCAAAGUAUUUUUCCAGCAUUUUGAUUUUUGCAAUCAGCUAGAAAAUCUAACGAUACUAAUUUUGUUAUCAGAAAGUUCCUCAAGUCAAAGUAAAAUUAAACACGCCAACUAGGGGCUUUUCUUACGUCCUUUUCCAUUCAUCAUCUCACCGUCAUUUGAGGACUGGCUCAUUUUUAUUGCAGUAAGGUUGUAGCCUUUGAAAUCAAGGUUGAAACGUUAGCCACCCUACUUUUUCAGUUCAAAACUCAUUUGUCUCCUUCAUAUCGAAAUAAAUACAAAAUCUGGAUAUCAGGAACUAUAGGUUCAUGGUGGACAGGUGGCACAGAAAUCAUGCUCCAACUUAUAGCAAGGCAAUGGUCUUUCUAAGCAUGAACAGAAAAUACCCUACCUUGCUAAAUAUCUAACAUUAAAUGUUAGAAGCUUCAGAUUUAUUAAUGGACAGAGAAUCACUUUUAAUUAUAUAUGAUCAUUAAUAAUAUUUCCAUAGAGCUCUUUUGUUCUGAAACAAUAUAGAGAAAUGAAUUAUAUAAUUAAUAAAAAGGCCUUCAUAAAUUUGUUACUAUGGUUGGGAGGAUAGUAACAUUUUAAUCAAAAUCAAAGAUUUGCCCAAACAAAAAUGGAGUAGUUCUGAAUGGCACAACUUUUAUUGAAAGAUUAUAGUAUGGAGCUGCACAAUUACCUAUGUUUUGGGUUUGCUUUUCUUAAAAAAAAAA